UUUGACGACCAGACUUCAUUUGCUCCCUCGUCACCGGCGCAUAAACAUCAUGGCCGGUUGGAAUCCGAACAGUGACGCCUUAACGCAAAUUUUAGGUCUUUUACGCGAGUCACAAUCCCCGGACACAAUAGUGCAACAAUCUGUACAGCAGAAACUAGAAGAACUAAACAAGUUUACGGACUUCAAUAAAUAUCUCAUAUAUGUGCUCACAAAACUAACUUCCGAAGAUGAACCUACAAGAUCCCUAAGUGGGCUAAUUCUGAAAAAUAACGUCAAGGCCCACUUUCAACAGUUCCCUCCAGAUGUGGCACAAUUUAUUAAGGCAGAAUGUUUGUCAGCAGUGGGGGAUCCAUCUCCGCUCAUUCGGGCCACUGUGGGCAUACUCAUCACCACUACAGCGUCAAAGGGAGAGUUAUCCACUUGGCCAGAACUCCUCCCUAGGCUAUGUGAGAUGCUCGACUCUGCAGAUUAUAAUGUCUGUGAGGGAGCAUUUGGCGCGUUGCAGAAAAUUUGUGAGGAUAGUGGCGAGUUUUUAGAAAAAAGUCCUAGCCGACCUUUGGAUACUCUCAUCCCAAAAUUUUUAGAGUUUUUUAAACAUUCAUCCUCAAAAAUUAGAUCUCAUGCAAUUGCUUGCGUUAACCAGUUUAUUAUCAGCAAAACACAGGCAUUGAUGGCCAACAUUGAUACUUUUCUACAGAAUUUGUUCCACCUGGCUAUGGACGAUGACCCGGACGUACGGAAAAAUGUUUGUCGAGCCUUGGUUAUGUUGCUUGAUGCUCAUAUAUCUUCCCUCAUUCCCCACAUGCACAACAUAAUAGAAUAUAUGAUGAUUAGAACGCAGGACCCUGAUGAAAAUGUAGCCCUGGAAGCGUGCGAGUUUUGGUUGUCGUUAGCAGAACACCCUAUUUGUAAGGAAGCUCUCAAACCACACCUGCCAAAAUUAAUACCCAUUUUAGUGAGGGGCAUGAAAUAUUCAGAAAUAGAUAUUAUAUUAUUGAAGGGUGACGUUGAAGAAGACGAAAGUGUACCUGAUCGAAGUGAAGAUAUCAAGCCACGUUUCCAUAAAUCAAGACAUACAAUUCGUCAUGAACCCAUGGAGAAUGGAGGAAGUUGUGGUGAAGAAUUCCAAGAUGAUGAAUCAGAUGAUGGGCUAGAUGACGACUCUUCGUUGUCUGACUGGAACUUGAGAAAGUGCUCAGCAGCUGCGCUAGAUGUAUUGGCAAAUGUCUUCAGAGAAGAAAUGUUACCCGUUAUCCUUCCAAUCCUAAAAGAAACCCUGUUUCACCAAGAAUGGGAAAUUAGAGAGAGCGGUAUUCUAGCACUUGGAGCAAUUGCGGAGGGUUGCAUGAAUGGAAUGACCCAGCACCUACCGGAACUUAUUCCUUACUUGAUAAACUGUCUUCAGGAUAAAAAGGCUUUGGUCCGAUCCAUAACUUGCUGGACCCUUUCACGUUAUUGUCAUUGGGCUGUCAUUCUUCCAGAUCACACCUACCUCAAACCUCUUAUGUAUGAGCUUCUAAAGUGCGUGCUAGAUAGUAACAAGAGAGUUCAAGAAGCUGCCUGCUCUGCCUUUGCCACACUUGAAGAAGAGGCAUGCACAGAGUUGGUACCUUAUCUUGCUGAUAUUUUAAAGACCUUGGUGUUUGCAUUCAGAAAGUAUCAGGCAAAAAAUUUGUUAAUACUAUAUGAUGCAAUUGGUACUCUUGCUGAUUCUGUUGGGAACUACCUAAACAAAGAUGACUACAUUCAAAUGCUCAUGCCCCCAUUGAUAGAAAAGUGGAAUGUUUUGAAGGAUGAAGACAAAGACCUUUUUCCUCUGUUAGAAUGUUUAUCAAGUGUGGCCACAGCUCUACAGUCGGGAUUCUUGCCAUAUUGUGGGCCAGUAUAUCAGCGAUGUGUAUCAUUGGUGGAGCAGACUCUAAAUCAGACAAUGGCUCAUGCGCAAAAUCCUGAACAGUUUGAAGCAGCGGAUAAGGACUUUAUGAUUGUGUCGUUAGAUUUACUGUCGGGUUUAGCGGAGGGUUUGAAUGGACACAUAGGACAGCUGGUGCAGCAAUCCAAUAUAAUGCAACUUCUUUAUCAAGCUAUGCAGGACCCCAUGCCCGAGGUUAGACAAAGUUCUUUUGCUCUUCUGGGUGAUCUGACGAAAGCAUGUUUCCAGUAUGUGGCCCCUUGUAUAUCUGAGUUCAUGCCCAUUCUUGGUCAAAAUCUAAAUCCAGAAUUGAUUUCUGUGUGCAAUAAUGCAACGUGGGCCAUCGGUGAGAUUUCAGUUAAACUUGGCGCAGAGAUGCGUGUUUACAUCAACUUGGUCUUGAAUGACUUAAUAUUCAUCAUAAAUAAACCAAACACACCAAAGACGCUUUUAGAAAAUACGGCCAUUACUAUUGGACGGCUAGGCUAUGUCUGCCCAAAUGAAGUGGCCCCCCUGUUGCAACAGUUUAUCAGGCAGUGGUGUAUAUCGCUGCGUAAUAUCCGAGAUAAUGAAGAGAAGGACUCAGCAUUCCGUGGGGUAUGCAAUAUGAUCAGUGUCAACCCAGGCGGAGUUGUGGAAGACUUCAUUUUUUUCUGUGAUGCAAUAGCAUCAUGGGUGAAUCCAAAGCAGGAUUUGAAAGAGAUGUUCCAUAAAAUCUUGCACUGCUUCAAGGAACAAGUUGGCGAAGAGAACUGGAAACGCUUCACAGAACAGUUCCCACCGCCAUUGAAGGAACGUCUUUCCCAGCAUUAUGGCGUUUGAGCAGGUGAUGCUGCAAACAUGUCAGAUUCAGAGCCCAGGAUGAGGGAAUUAGUGUCCUGGCCGAGCUCUGUGGCGUGUGCAGUUAGGAGGCCUGGGUGUCCGUUUUAGCCGGGACCCAAGUGCCUGGGAGGGGGGAGGGAUCCUAUUCUUCUCUCAGCCAUUCUCCUCAGCUCUCCUGCUCUGUGCUACUGCUGUUAUGAUAUAGAGGUCAUUGUCUUUGAGAAAAGGAGUUAUCAUUUCUCAGAGUACUUUUUGACAGCAGAUCCAAAAAGCAGGUGAAGGCGAGAGGUGGCUGCCGCACGCAUUAUGGAGGGAGGGACUUCGCGGAAUGGGUGGGGUAAACGCGGAGGGUGGGGGGGUCAGCCCCUGGUGGGAGGGUCUCCGGGUGGGAGGAGGCUUGAGUCCCCAGCACACAACAUCAAUGCCCACUCCUGUGCACCACCUCAUUUUAUAAUGAAUCUUUUAUAAGUCAGGGUGGAGGCAGCUGUGUGGGUGCACCACGUGGAUUCUACCUCAGGCUCAACUAUCAAGUGUCUGUCACUCAGACCUCACGAGAUCACCUCACACGUGUAGGUGUAGCUAGUGAUUUAUUAUAUUUUGUAAGAUAUGUAAAUAUUAAUGAUUUAUUUUGUAUCAUUUUCUUGUAUGUCUUUCCCUGUGCCAAUCAUUUUCCCCACAAGUCAUUGUUGUUUAGAGCAUGGUAGCCUUGUGUCAUUUUUAUUCUUGUUAGGCCGUGGGGACGAAUUCCAGUUAUUGGAUUGAAUGCAGUGGCAAGCAGUUGUAUAGUGAGCUUGAGGUAGUAUGUGCCUCUUUGAUAAUCAGUAUAUUUACCAGUCUGAGUAAUCCAUGUCCAUUUCUGAUGGUAGUGACUAAGUAAAACACCCAGUAUGGUGCUAUUUUGAAUUUGAGAGGGUGUGUAUUUAUAAGGAGGUCACCAGUCUAGAUUUUAUUGAAAUAAAUCACUAAUGCAUCAAUUCUUUUCAAGUUGUUGUUGUUGUUUUUUUUUUUUUUUUUUUUUUUUUUUUUUUUUUUAGAGUAUCUCUGCAGAUGAUAUUGACUUAUAUUAGUUAUGGGGAAUUCAUACUUAAUUUUUCUGAAAUUCUUCUCUCCCACUGGUGUUCAGGCUGGUAGGUGUACUGCUUUCUUUUAUGGUUUCAGCUGCAAUGUCAGAUUCCAAGAGAAUUCCAUAUCAAGAGCGCAGUUGCUUGUGCAAAGUUAUGUGGCACUGUACAAAGCAAUGUCGCCUGCCCCACGCUUGGAAUCGAUCACUGCAGAGAAAAUCAUAUUUCGUUUUCCCAGUGCACAUUAGGACUUAAAUGGAAACGACUGUGAUCAUAGUGAUUUCAAUUUAAUUUUUCUAUACUGUUAUACGAAGUUGUCACUACUUUUUCUCUUGAAAGACUUUAAUACACAAAUUGAUAUAGAGGGUACAUGCUGUGCAAUAGAUGUUACUUGAUCUAAUGUUAUGAGAGGGGUAUAUUGCAGGGGAAAUAUUCAGAUAUUACUAAGUGGGACCCUUUAGCUUCAUUUAAUAUAGGAAAAAGAAGGAAAGGGGUUUUGGGGGUUUCUUACUUCGAUAUGGCAAAAUUUGUAGGUUUAAGAGCCAAAGAGGGAAGUUCUUCUGUACUUGAAGAUUACCUUUUUACAAUGAGACCAUUUCUUCAAUCAGACACUUUACCUUCCUAAGAUACAUAUCAUCUUUAUACAAACACAACUCUUUGGUUCUUUUUACAAGGGGCUGAACUUAUAUUUUGGAAUAGGUGAAACUAUAAAGAGGGCUAUCAUAUUUUGAGAAUAGGUGAAAUAGGGCUUAAUGAAGAGGGGCAUUUUUAUUUAAAACCUUAGUUAUCAUGAAAUGGGAUCCAUCGGGGGCAAAAUAGGUAUACUGUAAUUUUCAACGUUAGGGGCACCGUAAAGAAUCCUAAGGAGGGCUUUGCAGUAUACAGAGACUUGUAUCUGUGUUUUGUGGUACCUUGGAGAAUUGGUUAUUUUAUAACUAUUCUAUUGUCUCGAAAAUAAUGAAUAUAUAUUCUCAAAAUAAAAGCUUGAAUGCUUGUUCCAAGGUUCUCACACAGUAGAGAUACUAAUCACUGUAGACUUUUGGCCCUCACUUUUGUCACUUUCUGAAUUCAUAAAUUUUGUAAGGGUUCUCCUGGCAUUUGUAAUACCAGUGGAUCAUAGGUUAAUUUUUGUAGGUGCAUCCAUCUGUAAUUUUGGAUAGUAGCAUCCUCAGAUUAGGUGUUAUUAGUGUCAGGAGAAACCCCUGGUAGCAGCUUGUUUGGUGUAUCCGUAGACAAAUAUUGUCCAUAUGUAGUGUUCUUUGCAGUGUUUCUUGCAUGCCCAAAGUAAAUGGUAAUAAUAUUGCAAUGUAUUGGGUACUAGUUGGCUGCCGGGUAUUGUAAAAAUAAAAAUUAAUCUAUUAGAACAGAGGUUGAAGCUGUCAUGAAUCUGCUCGUGAUUUUAUUAUGAGGAAUUUUUCUGAUUUUUCAAUGGGUUGUUGAACAGCUAAAAUUUGGUGAUGUGUUGAAUGUAUGGUACUUAUUUGUUGUCAUUGGACAAAAAGCAAGCCUGUGUUUGUGAACUAAAUUUUAUGAUGAUGGUUUUGCCUGCAGGGUUAACUAUACCCAUAGCAGUGUUUAUUGUCAGUGGUUAUUUUUUCUUGUUAUUGGAAAGGCUUGAUAUGUAGGAAGCAGUUUAUACCUCCAGUUCUGAAAAAAGUUAAAACCUUAGUGGUAAUGAUGCUUUAAAGUGGUGGCAAUGUGUGGUGUUGAAGUUGAACAGUAAUGCAUUACAGCUGUUUCUUCACUACUACAUCUACAGCCAGGCUACUACCAACUGCACAUACCGUAGGGUUUGGCAUAAGGCAAAUUUCAUUCUAAAGGCAAAAGAGAAAAUAAGAGAUAAGGAAGUUGAGGUGACACUGUUCAAUGUCACUUUCUUGCAGGCCAAAACCAAAGUAGCCGAUCAACUAUGUAUGGUGAAUUGGGCUACAUCUGUAAAGUGAUGUGAAUAAUAUCUACAUUUUUUAUGUUUCUAUUAGGGUUGGCAUGCCAUGGCAUUUUAAAAUUCAAGAAUAACUGUGCUUAUGCUUGACAGUUCUCUCUUUUUGCCUAAUUGAGUGAAAAUGUCUCAUGCAACUGUGUAGUGGUUUGUGACCCUUCAGGCACCUAAAAAAGCUAUUACAUAAAUUUUAGCCCCAGUCUUGCCCAAUUGUAUUUGCCCAGAAGAAAUUUAUCCUGUUUUUCCCCUUGCUCUGUAUGAGGGGACUCAUAUGUUUUUAAUAUUUUCCACUUAUGGUUGCAUAAUUGUGACUACUAUUGAUUACUUUUUUAUCAUUCUCAUCAUUACUAGUAAUUGGUAUUAAGGAUGAAGUUUGUCACCCUUUUGGAGCUCUUGUUUGUCCUAGACUCUGUGCCUUAAAGUUUAAAAAAGUAUUCCCCCUCAUAAGUCAGAAUUUGUUUGCUCUUAUAUGUGUGAACACAUUGCAUGCCUGUGUUUAUUGCGCCAUUAAUACAAAAUGUUAUGGCUGGUAAAGAGAGGUUGCUCCAAUAAUCUUUUGGUGUUAAUUGCACAAUCUCUCUUGUUUUCUUGGAGGCUCUCCUCCAAAUUGCACCUUGUGAGUCAUCCCAAGCAACUAAUCUCCACCUCUGUAUCUGAGAGAGCAACCUGGAGUCAGAAUUUUAGAAGUGUUCAAGAUGGUUAGGAAUGAGCAUUGUGUGCAAGAUUACAUAGUAUGGUGAGUGAGGUGGAUAAGUUUGCUGCCAAGAAAAUUAAACUUGAUCCAUUUGUAUUAAUAUUGUUGCGAAGUGAUUCUCAUUUAUGUGAUAGGCCCAGUCAAAUGACUAUGCAUUAUGAUAGGAAAAUUUGCUAGGCUAUAUAACAGGAGUCAUUUGGCAGUUAGGAUAUUCUCUCCGUAUAUCAAAGGUUACCUUAGCUACUGCUAGGAAAAUUGUUAGGCUCCAUUUCUGAUAUCGGAGAUUUUCUUUUCUUCCUUCCAUAAAUUACUAUGGCUAGGUUGAUGAUAGGUUGUAGGAGAAAGGGAGGGAUGGAGUGGCUAGAAGUAUAGGAAUGGAUAGGCAAAAGUUAGGAGCCGGGUGGGUGCUCAUUGCAUUCUAGUGUUGUUAUUUUUCUAUCUGAGCAGUAUUUCAGUGUUCUUUAGAAAGAGAAAUAACAGCAAUGUGUGCAUUUAAUUUUAUUUAUUAUAUUCACUCUGGGAGUGAGGGUGUUUUGAGUGAAUGACAGCUUCUUAAUGUUAAUUCUUUGACAAGUUCGUGCAUACGAAUUUAUUUUAAUGCGGGUCCUCUCUCUCUUAGUUUCUGAUCAUGCUCAGUGAUGAUACUAGAGUUAUUAUAUAGUUAUGGUCUUAACUAGUCAUUAAUAUGUUAGGGAUACGAUUCUUCGCUAUUUUUAUUAUAUUUUUCAGAGAUGUUAUUAGGCGUUAGGUUAAUUAUAUCCUAUUUUUGCUCAUUUGUCAAUGUUCUAGUACAAAUAUUGUUAUUGAUAUAUCAGUUUUAAUUGUUUUUGUUAUUUGGAAGUGAUCAAUGGGAAAACUGACUUUCUGAUUCCAGGUGUGCUGACUCUCUUCAAAAUUUUUUUUCAAAAACGUGUGUGGUUAACCACUGUACUCUUCAAGUAGUCUGCCCAAGGAUGUUUUCUUGUACAAAUUUUUUUUUCUUUUUUUUGCUGUGAUAAGUGUUGAAUCCUAAUUUGUAUACAAUUGUGAUAAGGUCGCUGCACAAAGUUAGGCUCGCAAUGUAGGUACUCCUUAUUAUUAGUACUUAUCUGCUAUUACCCAAACCCACUGUCUGGGCAAGUGUGCGCUAAACUACAACAUAACCAUCAUUAACCUAGAAUAAUUGCAUGUCAAAGGCUGCUGUUGCUAGGUUUGUUAUUCUGCCAUGUACUUGGUAUAUUGUGGUUAAAUUGUAGGAUCCAGUUGUUAUCAGUAACUGAAUAAAAGAUUGAUUAGCUGUUGCCAUACAUUGUAUAUGCGUUGUAAAUGAUAUUGUACAUAGGGAGAUAUAUUUUGUUUUGAUAUAGAUUCCUCUCCAGAUCUGUUACCUUUGUGUGUAUGCUUUUUUAAGUCCUUUAUCAUAGUCCUUGCAUUCAUAUAUAGGGCCUAAGUACAUUGUUACAAAUUAGUCAUAGAAAAUUAUAGUUUUCACUUCCCAUUGUUUGUGAUAUUCCUUGAACUGAAACACAAACCAAUCAUGCAUUAUGAGGAUAGAGAUAGUCUUUUCACCAGGAAAUUUUUCCCAUUGAAUGUAAAUAAGUUUUUGUGGCAAAUGGUGUGAUAAAUGACACAAAUUGGGUGAAGAAGUAUUGUACUAAUGAUAUUAAGAUUAAAUGUAAUUAAAAGUUACAUAAGAUUUAAUACUCUAUUUUUUACCUUUAUUUAGGUUCAGGAAUUUACGCUCUUAAGAAAUUUUCUUACCUUAAAGUUAGAUUGUCAUUCCCUUACAUAUAGAGGUCAUUGCUUUCAUGGUUUGUGUGUAAACUGUAGCAGCUAAAAGGUUCCCUUGGCCUAUGGUUAAUCAGAUUUGAAAUUUAAUCUGGUGAGGUGACUAGAAUUUUAAGUUUCUAGGGUAUUUUGUGGUAAUUUUGUCCCUAUAUGAGAAAAUAUUUUGAGAGUAUUGUACUACAAUUCUUGAAAGCUUAUCUAUAUUGUUAUCUUUUAUACUAAAGGUAGUUUACAUAGUUUGUGAAUAGCCUUGUACUUUGAGAAUUCCAUUUUACCCUUGGGCAGUACUGAAGUUUACAUGGUAUUUGUUUUUAAAUAAUAGCUAUAAUUUGUAUGUAAAAAUAAACACUGCUGUGUGCUAGGACCUUCUAAAUAUUGUCCUUUGUAAAGGUGCAAAGGUGGGGUUAAUGCAAAUAAAAAAAACUGCAGAUUUAAAGUUAAGAAAUAUUAGAUUUUGUAACUUCCAACCAAAAGCAGAAAGCAGCGUUUUGGCUGAACGUCAAAAUGAAGCUUUAAAGCCAUUAUAUUAUCUGAAAGAUAAAUUUUCAAGUGACAGUCUGCAGACUAAUUUUAAAUUACUGUUAAGGUGCAAAACCAGUCUCGUUCAUGUUAAUUUUGCUAUGGUACAGGUGUGGUGUGAUGUAUGUCCUUGCAAAUAGAAUCUUGGAAGAUGAAGAUUAAUCUUGAAGUUUAAAAGUAAAAUCUCAGGGAUGGUACGUAUUAAAAGAUACAAUGGACUAAGCAUAUUUUUUCCGAGACCUUUCUUCUGUCAAUUUACUGUUGUGUAUUCUGAAGGUAUGAAAAUUAUCAAAUUUUGAUAUUUGUUUUUGGGGGGAGCAAGUCAUGAUUAAUCCUUGUCUGUCUGCUAGGUCAUAUACAAUCAUAUCUGAUUAGAACUUUUGUUAAUUAGUGGUGCAAAGUAUAAAUGGUAUGGUGAUUAAA